GUGGGUGCGCAUGCGCGCUCGCGCUCCCUCCUUCCCACUGCGCUGGGCUGAGUCAGUCCGUCGGAGUCUGUCUUCCGAGCAGGAGGCGGUGAAGGGACUUCGCAGAGGCAGCUGCUGGAUUUUCUUUCUUUUUCCUGUCCUGUUUCCCCGCUCCCACUCUCCCGCCCCACGUCUCUCUUCACCCCUGUCCCGCCCUCGCACGCGCAGCCAUGGCGGACUCGUCAGCGGCCACCCAGUCCCCGUCGGUCUCCUCGUCGUCCUCCGGGGCCGAGCCGUCCGCGCCCAGCGGCGGCGGGAGCCCGGGUGCCUGCCCCGCCCUGGGGGCGAAGAGCUGCGGCUCCUCGUGUGUGGUGCGUGACCUGAUUUUCUGGCGAGAUGUGAAGAAGACUGGGUUUGUCUUUGGCACUACACUGAUCAUGCUGCUCUCCCUGGCCGCUUUCAGUGUCAUCAGUGUGGUUUCUUACCUCAUCCUGGCUCUUCUCUCUGUCACCAUCAGCUUCAGAGUCUACAAAUCUGUCAUCCAAGCUGUGCAGAAAUCAGAAGAAGGCCAUCCAUUCAAAGCCUACCUGGAUGUGGACAUCACCCUGUCCUCAGAAGCUUUCCACAAUUACAUGAAUGCAGCAAUGGUACAUGUCAACAGGGCACUAAAACUCAUUAUUCGUCUCUUUCUGGUGGAAGACUUGGUUGACUCCUUAAAGCUGGCUGUCUUCAUGUGGCUGAUGACCUAUGUUGGUGCUGUUUUUAAUGGAAUCACCCUUCUGAUUCUUGCUGAGCUACUUGUCUUCAGCGUCCCAAUUGUCUAUGAGAAGUAUAAGACCCAGAUUGAUCACUAUGUUGGCAUCGUUCGAGAUCAGACCAAGUCAGUUAUUGAAAAAAUCCAAGCAAAGCUCCCUGGAAUCGCCAAAAAAAAGGCAGAGUAAGCACAUGGAAGCCAGGAAUGCAAGUUACUAAAACACCACUUACUAGUCGUAUAACAUCGUACCAUGAAGGAACAUGCUCAGUGUCAGCUUGAGCCUGCAUUCCAAGCUUUUUUUUUUUUUUUUUUCCAAUUUGGUGUUUUCUCCCUUCCUUUCCCUUUACCCUCAGCACCAAGCACAAGAAGUGUUGGACUGAAAAAGAACUGAUACCUUACAACCCAGAAGAUAAAGAAUCAAAUUAAUAGAAUUAAUCAAACCUUAAUGAUGGUGGAGCUUUUACCUGUAGCAUGAAGGGAAAAUAUUGGAGGUAAAGAAGAGGUGUACUAUAUCUCUUGGGUCCUUUGUCCAGUUUUAAGAACUAGUUUUAUGUGGUUCCCAUUAAGUUAAGAAAUAAUGAUUAACUUAUGAAGAAGUUUUAGGGGGCAGGAAUGGGACUCCUUCCCAUGGGACUUUUUUGGUCCACCAUCCUGCCUCACACUGUAAGCAGCUAUUCCUAAUAUUCCUUUCUUAAUGCUAGAACUUCCAACUCUGGAUAACUUACAGGUAAUAGUGGUAAUUCCACAUUCCCUGAAUGCCAUCUGAGGAAUAAUAGUAGAAAGGAAGUGGGACAGAGGGGGGGGUCAUCCUAGGGAAGGGCUCCAACAGCUGAGAGGGUGGUGUCAAACCAUUUCUCUGGGACACCAGUUUGAGCGUUAGUUUGAAACCCAUUCCAGAAUGUGCUUUCUCUUCUCUUUCCUGCCCACCUUACCUCAAGUUUAAUAAAUAUGGUUGUACUUUUAUUAUGAAAUAAAUGUCUGUAACUGCUGUACACUGCUGUAAACUUGUUAGAGGAAAAAAUAAUCUGCAUGUGGGCUCCCCAGUUAUUGAGUUAUUGUAAUAUUAUCUCAGUCUGUGUGGGGGAACAUUCUCAAGUGAAUGCACUACAGAAACAACACGCUUUCUUUCUGUACCUUUUCCCACAGCUUCAUUCUCACAUGCAUCUUCAUCCUACACCUAAGGACCAAAGGUGUGCUGGCUCAGUUCAUUUGCAUCUGGUCAAGAGGCCUCACAUUGGUGGAGGGAAGUGCAGGUCAUGUGAGGCUUGCUCGUGGGUGUAUGUUCUGAGGGUCCUCUCCAUUUUGUUAAAUGGCUCAGUUGUCUGCCAUGACCUGGGGUGCUUGCUUGGAGAGUGUUUUCCAGAGUGAGGGCUGCCAGGCAGGGCAAUUGAUAGACUUAGCACAACUGAAAGGCAACAGAACUAAACAUCAAAGAGAGGUGACUGGGAAAUCAUAGAUUCCCAUCUGAGAUCAAGUUUCUUCCUCCUCUUCAGAAUAGAAAUCUAGUCAACUUGAAAACAAUCAUUUGAAAGUUCCUUCUGCUUUUGUCCUGCCCAGUGAGAGAGACUUGCAGCCCAGAGUAGAGAACUGCAACUCUGUACAAGUAGUGAGUCGGAUUUUCAUCCUACUCCUGGGAAAUAACUUGGGGAUUUAAUUGAUAGAACAUGCAUACCUUUGCUUUGCUGCAUUUUUCGUAUUUUCUUUGCCUCCUUUUGUUUUGAAUUUUUUUUUUUUUUAAACUGGUUUCCAUUAUAGUUUUCUAGAAAACACUCUCCAUUGCAUCCUCUGCCCUCCCAAGAAUUGAUUGAUGGUCUUUCAGGCGUCCUUCCAAAGGGCCCCUUUCUGUACUGGACGCCUCCACACCUAGCUUUUUGUUGCUGCUGUGUUAAGAUAAUUGGAGAGAUUUUUGUGCCAUGCAGGAUUUUUUUUUAAGAAAAAUUUACAGGCAAAUAAUACUAAUAAAACUGUGUGCGUGUCUGUGCGUGCAUCAUAAAAAUACAGUAGCACCCAAGGAGUUGGUUCCUGUGAAAUUGCAAAUUGAUGUGAUAUUAAUUAAAAAAUAAAGUACACAAUGACUGUGG